AUGCUGAGGCAGCCCGGGUGUGCCCCAGCCCCCCCACACCUGCAGUACCUGCUGGAGCCCCUCCACGCCGCGGUGCACACGCAGCGGGGUGCCACGGCCACCCUGCCCUGCGUCCUGCGCGCCCUGCCCCGCAACUACCGGGUGAAGUGGAGCAAAGUGGAGCCGGCCAACUACCGGGAGAGCAUCAUCAUCAUCACCAACGGGCUGUACCACAAGAACUACGGGCCGCUGAGCCCCCGGGUGCGCCUGCGGCACAGUCACCGCUACGACGCCUCGCUCACCAUCACCGACGUGGCUCUGGAGGACGAGGGACGCUACCGCUGCCAGCUCGUCAACGGAGCAUCUCCUUCACCCUCCACCCCUGUCCCUGUCUCCCCAGGCAUCGUCUUCCCCUACCAGCCCAGCAACGGGCGCUACAAAUUCAACUACCAUGAAGUGAAGCGAGCCUGUGAGCAGCAGGACUCCCGCCUCGCCACCUACCAGCAGCUCUACAAAGCCUGGACGGAGGGUCUGGACUGGUGCAACGCUGGCUGGAUCCUCGACGGGACUGUCCACUACCCCAUCAUCAAUCCGUGCGGCGGCCGCCUCCUCCUGCCGGGUGUCCGGACCUACGGGGCCAGGGACAAGCAGAAGGACCGAUUCGAUGCUUUCUGCUUCACCUCUGCUCUUCAAGGCCAGGUCUACUUUAUCAGGGGCCACCUGAACUUCAAGGAGGCCGGGCAAGCGUGCCGCAACAACGGGGCUGCCAUCGCCAAAGUGGGGCAGCUUUACUCGGCCUGGAAGUUUUCCCAGCUGGAUCGCUGUGACGGGGGGUGGCUGGCAGAUGGCAGCGUGCGGUACCCCAUCACCACCCCCCGCGAGCGCUGUGGGGGGCUGCCGGACCCCGGCGUCCGCAGCUUUGGC